GGUUUGAACACACUGAAGGACGAAAAGGCGCGUUAGUUCAAAUCUGAGAAGGGCAAGGAGUAGUGUGUGUUCUUCUGUCAGCUCUGAUUUGGUUGUUUAGGCUCUUAAGUUGUUUCUGGUAAUAUCUCAUCAUGUGUACUCCACCCAAAAGAAUGUGUAUUAGUCCAUCAUUUGACAGUAGUUUUGAAAAACGUUUAAAGAAGGUCUCUAUCGAAGGAAAUAUUGCUGCAGGAAAAUCUACUUUUGUCCAACUUCUUGAAAAAGCCUGUGAUGAGUGGGAAGUUGUUCCAGAACCAAUUGCUCGAUGGUGUAAUGUGCAGACAACUGAAAAUGAAUGUGAAGAGCUCUCAACAUCACAGAAAAGUGGUGGGAAUCUACUCCAAAUGUUGUACGACAAACCUGGGCGAUGGGCUUAUACAUUCCAGACAUACGCUUGCUUAAGCAGAGUGAGGGCACAGCUGAAACCAGUUUCAGCAAAACUGUGUGAAGCUGAGCGCCCUGUUCAGUUUUUUGAACGAUCUGUCUAUAGCGACAGGUAUAUCUUUGCAUCUAGUUUGUUUGAGUCUGGAGACAUUAAUGAAACGGAGUGGGCUAUUUACCAGGACUGGCAUGCAUGGCUUCUUGAACAGUUCGAAUCACGGAUUGAGUUAGAUGGUAUGAUAUACCUGCGAGCAACACCAGAGAAAUGUAAGGAAAGGCUCCAUUUGCGAGGUCGGGAGGAAGAACAGGGCAUUGAAAUGGACUACUUGGAAAAACUCCACUACAAACAUGAAACCUGGCUUUAUCAACGAACAAUGAAAGUUGAUUUUGAGUAUCUGAAGGAUAUUCCUAUCUUGGUGCUGGAUGUUAAUGAAGAUUUCAAAAAUGAUAAAAUAAAGCAGGAAGAUGUCGUCGACAAGGUCAAAUCGUUUUUGGACACUUUGUAGACUGACUGCAGCUGGAUUUUAUUCUGGGAAUGAUUGACACUGGGGUACAGCACGUGCUUGAGCCCUAAAGAGUUGGUUUUGCACUCCUUCGUAUAAACUUUUAGACAACCGCUAUAUCACGUGAGGGAAUGUAAAUACAUGAGAGGUUAUUUUUAGUGACUGGACAUUUUGCAUGCACUCCAAUUAGGAAACCUUUUCUUGCACCUGAAUUGGGCUGUUUGCUACUUGAGCAGAUGUGCUUCUUCCCGACCAUGUUGAAUGAAGACAAUGUCAGUUUUGCUAAUGCUUUAAUUUUCUGAAAUUAAGGCAUACUGCUGCAUUAUAUGGUGUGACCUUAUAUGUUCAGCAGUCUUGACGCCACGUUUAUAUCUGUAAGAUGUUUAUAAGAGCAACUUUUUUAACUGGUUUUAUAAAAUUGCUUUUAAAGCUUGGCUUGAAUCAAUCUGAAGUUUGUAAUGUCACUUUUACUCCAAGAACAUUUGGAUGCAUUACCAAAAUUAUCAUUAAUUUAUUUGACGUCAUUGCAUUGAUGAAAUGGCUUUGUAACCUGACUUGGCAAUGUAUCAUUUUGUAUAUACUGGUAUGUAAAUAAAUUUUCCAUUUGUUUACAGUGAA